UUUCAAACAUGCAAUGGACGGGGAGGGGGGAAGAAGCAACCUUCUAGUUUAACAGCUGAAAUAUCUUCCAGGCCUGGCACUGUGGCCCUCCGGGAGAUCCGACGGUACCAGAAAUCCACGGAGCUGUUGAUCCGCAAGCUUCCAUUCCAGCGCCUGGUCCGUGAAAUUGCUCAGGAUUUUAAAACGGAUCUGCGGUUCCAGAGCGCUGCCAUCGGAGCCCUGCAGGAAGCCAGCGAGGCUUAUCUCGUGGGUCUCUUCGAAGACACCAAUUUGUGUGCAAUUCACGCCAAAAGAGUCACCAUCAUGCCAAAAGACAUCCAGCUGGCGCGCCGUAUCAACGGGUUUAACUUGCUUCGGCAGCCGCCACCCGCUCGUGCA